AUGGCCAAAACCAUACAAUUCGGACACACCCAAGACGACAAAAAGGCGUCGCAGUUCUGCGGCACAUGCGCCAGCACUUUAUGGAGCAUCAAAUGCCAUUUGCAAAAACCGCACCAAGCUCGAGAUGAGAGCCAGAAGAAGGUCGAGGGUCUCCUGAACAACCUCGAGAGGCUCUGCAGCUAUCCACUCCCCAGGGACAAGGCAACCGGAUGUCUUCGAAACUUUGCCUCCGCAGACAAUGGCGCCACUUUGGAUAGUCAAUUGGAGCUCGUCAAGAAAUUCAGGAGAUUCUCUGGAAAGAGCGUGAAAGAAGAGACGGCGCAGGCCUUGGCAGAACCACCCAGCGAAUGCUCUUCGUCACCCCGGCAUCUCAAAGGGCAACAAAUGGGCUUCGAGAUGGACGACGACAUUCAGCAUCUUCACAGCACCUUGCUCCGAUAUCAAAAAUGCCGUCGGGAGGGCUCCCAUAGGAGUAUAAUAACAAACAUCCGACUGAAUGGCUACAGAAGACUCGCUGCCAACGAUGCCACCGCAGAAUUUGGCGUCCUCUUUUUCGAUCAUCCCCACACAGGAGAAUGUCAUUGGCAGGAGGCCUGCAUCCAGAUAUGUCCUCGGCAGCCUUCGACGGCAUCCAGAAUACGCUUUUGGGACGACGAGCAUGAGCAGCAGCCAUCUUCACCAUCCCAAUGCCAUGAAAACUACACGCCAAUUUCCUAUUCGAAUUUCUGUCAUUAUAUCAGUAGUAGAAGCCAAGCGCAACUUCUUCUCUCGGCUCAGAAUGGCAUGCUCAUGCUCCGAAGGCAUUGCGACAUAAGCCGAAACUGGAUAUCGAAUCAACGGGCAGUGCCCCUGGCAACCCUUCUCCGCGAACACGAGGCGAGAUUCACGGAAAAGAUGAAAGCUGUCCUGGCCAUGCUGCUGGCAAGGGCAGCCUGGCAGUUCUAUGACUCGGCGCUCAUCGGCCAAGGCUUGACCAAGGAAAACGUCCAUUUUCUCUUCGAAGAGCGCGACCGCAUACACGGCGUCUUUAUAAACGAGCCUAUGCUGGUAACUCGGUUCAAGGACGACAGCACCAGUGAGAUGGAUCUUGGUUCCGAAGUUCAGGGCGAAGCCGUGCGUACAGCAGCCAUUCACGAUAGGCCAAAGCUUCUGGCUCUCGGCCUUUUGCUUCUGGAGCUCGAGACGGGGACGCCUAUGGAAACAUAUCGGGAAGACCCGGACCUUCGCCCGGCCGGACCGUUGAAUGUCAACACAGACCACAAGAUUGCCAAAAAGCUCCUUGAUCCGAAACAUCCUGCCUACAUUCUCCGCGAGAUAUCCCCUUUUUCCCCGUUCAGGAAAGUUCUUCCCAUGUGUAUCGAAGCGGGAGAGCUCACAAGAAGGCUUCACGAGAACCUCAGCGCUCAGAAAAAGACCAACCCAUCACUCGAUCCGUCUAAAGCCUUGAUUUAUAGCGAGAUUGUGCUUCCGUUCGAGCAGUGGGUGACCAAUUACGACGAUCCUGACAUGGUAAAGGUGCUUUACAAGAUACAACGACCAUCAGUACCGGGGAUCAUUGGGCCAACGCCACAGGUUCCGUCUCGCCCAGAGCCACAUACAGUUAUUAACCGCAACAUUGUCCAAGACAACGAAUACACAACACGCCGACUCUCGCAACGAUGGUUCGAAAACUACGACCAGCUCAAAGAGGUUCUGCAACCACAAGACGGCGAGACUGGAGCCAAGUACCAACGUGUCAAGAUUGCGGUAUUAGACACGGGCAUCGACCCGGGCGACUACUGGUUUUACCGCGAUUCUAGAAUCAUCGACCAGUAUAAAGACUUUGUGGAUUCCGACCACAAAGGUGUCCCGAAUGACGAAACCGGCCAUGGCUCUGCUGCCGUGUCUCUCCUUGUGAAGACAUGCCCCAACGCAGGUCUCUACUUGGCGAGGGUGCUCAAGACAAAUAGCCCGACGCGUGCCGAGGUGGAUAAUGUGGUCAAUGCGAUUGACUGGGCCAUCGGCCACAAAGUCGAUAUCAUCACCAUGGCCCUCGGCUUCAGGGAACACCAGCCUGACAUCGCCGAUGCGAUCACAAAGGCGCGUGGGCAGCAAAUACUCAUUUUCUCGGUCGCGUCCAACGCCAGGAACAUGGACCGAAUCUAUUUCCCCGCGAGGAUUCACGACCAAGUCUUCGGAAUCUUCUCCACCAACGGCGGCAACCGCGAGUCCAGGGAUCUGAACCCGUCUCCCGACGACCGGCAGCACAGCUUCGCCAUCUUCGGCGAGGGCGUCGAGCUUACCGAGAAUGCACCUCUGGUGCGGGGAACUUCGUACUCGACGUCCAUCGCGGCCGGCUUGGCGGCCAUGCUGCUGGACUUUUCGCGGCAGGAGACGAGCCAAGUCGAAGCUUUCGAUCUUUCACGACUGAGAGAGAUGAAGGUCAUGACAAGGGUGCUCCUGGAGAUGGCGAGGGAAAGCAGUGAUGGCAAGUACAAGUGCAUCCGCCCGUGGGACGUCUUGAGGAGCCGGCUUGACCCUUGCCACGUGGCAAUGACAGGCGUACAGCGGAAGAGUCAACGAGUUCACGCUGUGACACGCUCCUCUGCCGCUGGAAUGCUGCCACACACUCGACUCCUCCCCCGCGAGGGCUUCUGCGGCGACGUCGUCAUCAGGGUCCUCGGCCUCACCGUAUUCAACCCGGUCCUGCUGUUACCCUUGGCCCUCGUCGCGCGCUUCACCGACAAGGGACACGGCCUUUCCGACCUCCAUCCUUGGGCUUCGACGACGCUGACGGUGCUCCUGUCCCUAUCCCUUAUUGUUCGCGCCGACGCCUGGCUGUCGGACAAGGCCCGGAACAACUGGAUCGACGAUGCGUACGAUUGGUCCAAGGAGAUAGUCUUGGUGACGGGGGGGGCCCAAGGCAUUGGCGGGUCCAUGGUCCGGUUUCUAGACGACAAGGGCAUCAUGGUCGUGGUGCUGGACCUACAGCCCAUGUCCUUUACGACGUCGUCCCGGGUGCACCACUUUCACUGCGACAUCAGGUCCCCGGAGAGGGUCAAGGCAGUGGCGGACGCGGUCAGGGCCAAGGUCGGCCAUCCGACCGUCGUCAUCAACAAUGCCGGCGUGGUCCGAGGCAAAACUGUCUUGGAUGCCGAGCCCACCGACGUGCGAUUCACCUUUGACGUCAACACGCUGUCCCAUUUCUGGGUCACCAAGGCCUUCCUCCCCAACAUGACGGCGCGCAACCAUGGCAUGGUGGUGACCGUCUCGUCCAUUGCCGCGUGGGCUGCUGCCCCCGGCAUGGUGGACUACAGCGCAUCCAAGGCCGCGGCCAAGGUGUUUAGCGAGGGCCUGGCAGCCGAGCUCUCGGCCAUAUACGGAGCGCCCAAUGUCCGCACCGUCUCGGUUCAUCCAGGCUAUACCAAGACGGCCCUCUUCCAAGGUUUCAAGCAGAGGUCGAGGUUUCUGGUGCCCCCGCUGGAGCCGGAUUCGGUUGCCGAGGCUGUGGUAAAGCAGGUGCUGACGGGACGGAGCGCCCAAGUCAUUCUUCCUAGGUGCACGGCGGCUUUGCGCAUCUUGCCCGAGUGGUUCGGCGUCCCGUUCCGGGCCCGGACGUUGAAGAGUGUUAUGGCGGGCUUCAGAGGGAGACAAGUUGUUAAUGACGUCGACGCUCCUUACGAGGGCAAGUAUAACUCGAGGAAGGGGGCGAGAGGCGAGGAAUAG